UUGCAGCCGGAGCACUGUCUUGAGGUGAUAGCUAAAGAUUCAGCCAAGAAAGAUCCCAAAUCAACCACCGACCGGAUUUGUAUUCGCGUUCUCGACGUUAAUGACAAUGAUCCGAUUUUCAAGCAUAUUUUUGGGAUAAAAGCAGUUUCCAAAGACACCGGCCUUCUGUUACGAUCUCGCUCCAUCGUGCCAUCAACAGACCCAGAAGGAUGUGAAAUCAGAAGUGCAACUGAGGUAAUACAAAAUCCGAUCAAAACUGGCUCAAAUCUACGCCGUAACUGUGCUCUAGGCGAGGCUUUGUGGAGCUUGUGGCAGUCUUCAAGCCAUGCAAGACCCCACAAUGUUAUUGGCGCCAAGUUCGAGUGGUUCGGUGUGCAGAAGGUCUCUUUCCCUCCGAGUCCAUCGGGUUUAAAUGGGGCCCCGAGUACAGACAAGACAUGCAUGAGGCCAAAAAUUCAGUAA